GAGUGAAAACAACUUGUUUAACGUGUAGUUUUGUCAUUUCUCCAUAGCCUACUUCAUUCAUUCAUUCAUUCACCUCCUCUCUCUCUCUCCUAAUCAAUUCAAGGCCUCCAGUAUUUCUUUCAUCUUUGUUGGUAGAAGCCAACAACACAAAACAAGAAGAUCAUAUAUAUAUAUAGAGAGAGAGAGAGAGAGUCAUGGGUAGAAGUAAGUCACUAAAAUCACAGUCUAAAACUUCAAGGUUGAUACAACCACAAUUUGUUGCCUCCAAAAAGAGGAAGAUUGGUCAGAAAGUUGUGUUCAAAGUGCAAAUGGAAGGAAAAGCUAUAAAGCAGAAAAAUGAAGGGCCUCCUUCAGAUUGUUGGUCCUGGAGAAAAUAUGGACAGAAACCCAUUAAAGGUUCACCUUAUCCCAGGGGAUACUACAGAUGCAGCAGUUCAAAGGGUUGUUCAGCUAAAAAACAAGUAGAAAGGUGCAGUAAAGAUGCAUCCUUGUUCAUCAUCACAUACACAUCCAGCCAUAAUCAUCCAGGUCCAAACUUGCCUAAUAAUAAAGACACAGUCACACAUGAUUCCACCGCGACUCUGCCGCAGCAAGAUCGAGAACCAACAGUGGAUAAAGACGUGCCCCUCAAAGAUAAUGGGGAUAGUACUACUACUACUACUACUGCCACCAGCAUCUCCCAAGGCAUACCUGAAGAGAAUUUGUUCACUGAUAGUUUCUUGGGAACAAUUUCAUAUGAUGAUUUUCUGCCCCUUUCUUACCCUCAACUAAUGGAAUUCCCAAAAUCCGAAUUGUCAGAAGAAAAUGACUUCUAUGAUGAACUGGGAGAAUUGCAACUACCUCCAUCUUCUACGUCCUUCGCAGGCAUUUUUGAGGAGGCAAUCCUUGUAGAUCCCUCUUAGUUGGUAAAAUGCAAAUAUCAGUCACAGUUUCAGAUAGGUAGUAGAAUCUAUUGAGUUUGUGAAUCCUUGAUGGAUUUUGUUGCCAUUAGGUCACUCAGCACAUUUGUAUAUAAUGAUAUCACCGGAAGGAAACAUCAAACAUUUCAUUUGAGGUUGCACUUUUUGUAGCCAUGUAAAGGGAACUGGUUCUUUUU